GUACUGUGACUGUGGUACAUAAAUUGCUUUAACAUUCUAUAUUAUAAAAAAUGGUGGCACUAGUUUCUUCCAUUUAAUUUUCUAAAAGGCAAAUCUACAUCUUUCUUGUCUUUACAGCAGUUGAAAAGAAAAUGUGAAGGAGAUGUUUCCCUCUAUUGGCUCAUCUUCACUGUACCUCUCCCAUUCUGCUUCCUCCUCUUUAUGAUCCUCAAGUGAAGAUGAGUGACCUGCUGCCAAUAUGACAUCUCUGACAAGUGUCAUUGCCUCCCACCAGUCCGAGUGGGUGUCCUUCACUGACGAGCUGCUCCUCCCUGUUCACCCACGAGGUAGCACUGAAGCUCCUCCGGUGAAAUGUUUUCAUUCCUCAGACACAUCCUCAGAAGAGAACCACAAAGCAAAUGGAGAAUUUCAAGACCUUUUCUGCACAGAGCUGGAAGAGGCAGCUGAGCAGCCCAAGGUGGAUUCUGCUGUGCUUGGUAACCAUGUUUGUCCCAGCACUGAUCUGUCAUCAUCCAUCAGUGCUUGGGUUCAGUUUGAAGAUGCACCAUGGGCCAGUGCUUCAUCAACCCACCCACAAACAGUGUCUGCAUCAAAAGCACCCAGCUGGACUUCCCCCUCUUCCAACUCUUCUGAGAGGCAAGCCCGUGCCUCAGAGAGCAGCUGGACAACCAACUCAGAGGACACCAGCAGCCCAAGCAUUGCUCCCUCCUACACAGAUCUGCAGUCACUUAAUACCGAGGACUUGACCAGUGGUAGAACAUCUGCAGCAGAUUCAGCUGACAAUUCCUCAUCUCUCCAGGAAGAUGAAGAGAUAGAUAUGGAGGCUGUCAACUGGCAGCUGAACAGCACCUCCAUGAAUGGCCAUUCAUCUACCCCAACCACAGCUCGCUUUCCCAGCUGGGUGACUUUUGAUGACAAUGAAGUCAGUUUUUCACCACAGAGCCUUUCUCCCUUGAAAACAGAUACCCCAUCCACAGAAACACAGGCUCCAGAUGUUAACUUUAAUCACACUACAUCCUUAAAGAAAAGAGAACGUCCUAAAAGCACAUUGGGAGACCUCUCCAAAAUUCAAAAACUAGAUCUCUCCUCUUUAACAAAGUUGCCUUCUGUUGAAACACCACCGUGGAGUGCUACUAAUCCCUUUCUGGAUGAAUCUCUUCGAGAUGUCCAACCCUCACCCAUCAAUCCAUUCAGCUCAUUCUUUGAGGAGCGAGAGAGGCGUUCCAAAAGUUCUUCUGUCUCCAGUGCUCCAGGCAAAAGCCAAAGAGAUUCUCUCAUUCUUCUCCACCAAGAGCCUGAUACCAUCAGUUUUCAUGAGGCAAACAAAACUGUAACCCACACAGAUGCUGUAGAGCAGCUCAAACAGCUCCAGAUUGGAGACCCAGAUCGUGUGAGCAGUCCUACCUUGCCUGAUGAUGACCCAAUGAUGCCGUAUGAUCUGGAUGCAGCUUUAUUUAACCUGGCACCAGCUCAGCCAAAGGAUGGAUGGCCAAUGAUGCUGAGGAUCCCAGAGAAGAAGAACAUUAUGUCAUCUAGGCACUGGGGACCAAUAUAUGUCAAGCUGACCGACAGUGGGUGUAUACAGCUUUUUUAUGAGAAGGGACUAGAGAAGCCUUUUCGGGAACUCAAACUUGAAAUCAAUCAUGAGAUUUCAGAGCGCAAGCUGCAGAACUACGAUGAGAAUGGACGGAUACACAGCGUGCGGUUGGACCGCACGACGUACAAGGAGAAAAAGAAGUAUCAGCCUAAGCCUGCCAUUGCACACACUGCUGAGAGAGAGCAAAUUAUCAAGCUUGGGACUACAGAUUAUGAAGACUUCCUUAGCUUCAUCACUGCUGUGCAAGACACACUGAUGAACUUGCCAGCUUCAUCAACAGAUCUGAGCACAGUGGGACUGAAUUAUCAAGAAGAAGAAAUCACUGUGGAUGUCAGAGAUGAGUUUCAUGGCAUCUUGGCCAAGGGAGAUAGUGUGAUUCUCCAGCACAGUGUGCUGACUCAUAUCUAUGUUCUCAGCUUCCUUUCUGGUCUGGCAGAAUGCAGACUGGGUCUUAAUGAUAUCCUGAUUAAAGGGAAUGAAAUAGUUGCAAGGCAGGAUAUUAUGCCCACUACUACCACUAAGUGGAUUAAAUUAUACAGCUGCCGGUUCCAUUCAUGUGUGGAUGAGGAUAUGUUUAAUAACUCCCGUAUUAUCCUGUUCAACCCCUUGGAUGCCUGUCGGUUUGAACUGAUGAGAUUCAGGACUGUCUUUGCUGAGAAAACUUUACCUUUUACUCUGAGGACAGCUGCCAGCAUCAAUGGUGCUGAGGUGGAGGUGCAGAGCUGGCUGAUGAUGUCCACGGGGUUCUCUUCCAAUCAUGACCCUUUAACUCAGGUCCCUUGUGAAAACGUGAUGAUCCGCUACCCCGUGCCAAGUGAGUGGGUGAAGAACUUCCGCAGGGAGAGUGUCCUGGGGGAGAAAUCUUUGAAAGCCAAGGUGAACAAGGGAGCCACUUUUGGAUCAACCAGUCUGUCUGGUUCUGAGCCAGUAAUGAGAGUAACUUUGGGAACUGCCAAAUACGAGCAUGCCUUUAAUUCCAUUGUAUGGAGGAUAAACCGACUGCCUGACAAAAACUCAGCUUCUGGCCAUCCUCACUGCUUUUUCUGUCACCUAGAGCUUGGCUCUGACCGGGAAGUGCCUUCCAGUUUUGUCCGCUAUGUAGAUGUGGAAUUUGACAUGCCCACCACUUCGGCGUCCAAAGCCGCUGUUCGCUCCAUCUCUGUCGAGGACAAGACCGAUGUGAGGAAGUGGGUCAACUAUUCAGCACACUACAGCUACAAGGUUGAAAUAGAGCAGAAAAAAAGCUUGAAUGAGGAUCUGAAGGGAGAAAGCACUGCAAAUGUCAAUGAAUGUGCUACACAGUAAAGGAAGAUUAGUCUGCAAGUCCCAAUAGGGGUGGUCAAAUUAACAAAUCUGGAAGAAAGGACUUGCAGGGGUUGGGUAUUUAUCUUUCAAAACAUUCGGGACUACUACUUUUAAAAUAAUGCUCUGAAGAGUAUAAUUUUUUUCUUUGUGAUAACCCAUACUUUGAGAAGAAUGUGGUCAGUGGCUUCUUUGGAGGGGAUCCACGGGCUUUUGCUGGAACAGUAUAAGUACAGUUGUACAGUCAAGCCUGCCUUCUCAUCAUUUAGGUUCUGCACUCAAGUAUGGUCUGGCAACCAUCGCAGCCACACCAGAAAACAGCCUUUAUCUCACAGUCUUGCCCUGCCUCAUUAAGAAGUUUGUUUCAAUGCCAUUUGGCUUGGCCAUUGACUGAAUUGCAUCCUUCUGAACUGCCAAAUAAAAAUUCAGGGAGGAUCAAGUGAAAAAUUAUAUAAAAUCUCCUUUCUGAAAUGGUCCACAGAGUGAAAAUCCUGAGCAUCAUUCUGGAGAAUCAACACACUCUGCGCCUUAAACAAAGAGAAUGGUCUCUGUGUUUAAGUAGAUGAACUGCAGACAGGACAGCUGAUCACAGAGCUGUUCCUCUGUUCAGUCCUUCCUGUCUCAUCCCUCAAAUGACAACAUGUCACUGUGCACGUUUUCACGGGGUUUGCACAAGUACAAGAAAGCCUCUGCAAUUUCUUAAAAUUUUUACUUUGUAGUCUGAGCCGUUCUGGUAUCUUGACUGAACGUGGUCGUGGCUGCUAGCAAUAGAGAAUGUGUGUUACAGCAGUGGAGAUACCAGAAGGACUUUGCUGAGAUUAGAUCAUUCCUGCCUAGAAAGAUACUAAAGGGAAAAACAUGGGGGUUUAGUUUUGGGUUUGGGUUUUUUGUAUGUUCUCUUGGAUGGGUAAAAGGGUGGUUAUUGAAAAUGUCAGAACACAAUUACUUUGACAAUGUUGUUUGUUUUCCUGAAAUUCCUUGGAAGUCUGUCCAGCACAGUAUUAUUUUCAUGUUCUUUCUUGAACCUACAAUAUAAGUAAUUUGUAUUUUUAUAAUACUUCCAUUAACUGGGCCCCAAAAUCUCUUUUUAAAAUUAACAAGCUUCUAUCAUGGAGAUUUUUUAUCCUCACUUAGGUGGAAGUAAUAGCAAGUCUUAAAACCUCAUUCUAAAUAAAAAUGCAGAAGACAUAAAUCACUCAUUUACACAUAUUUUCCGAGAAAACAGUGUUAAAAAUACCCAUUUUUAGUUGUUUCUAUGGCUUAUGUAAUAUUUUGUCUCGUAACAUUAAAUGUAAAGUAAGUAAUUUAUUAAAUCAUUUAUCUUUUGAAAGGUUACUACUGACUAUAAAAUACACAUUUGGAAAACUUUGGCAAUGUAAUUUAAUAUCAU